AAUAGAAAAAGACACAGCACAACGGCUCUUAUUACCCGUCGCCUAGCUUGUUGUCCCCACAGAAUAGCUACCACCCACUAUAUUAUUUCCUUUACCAUGAUGCCAUCCACUAAUUACCCAAAAUACCCCUCCAACGUUCUCCUCACGUCGACUUAACUGAUAUACAACCAAAGGUUAUUAUCGUCCAAGCAAACACAUUCACAAAUAUCCUUUUUCUCAAUUUAGAAAUAUUUUUUUAAUUACAUUUUCUCUCUUCUUCUUCUUCUUCUUCUUCUUCUUCUUCUUCUUCUGCAACACAGUGCUUCGUAAGUCACUGCUACUCUCUGACGAAGCUUCGUCAAAUGUCAAGAGCAAAUAUCGAAAUUUGAGUUUCCGAGUCAAAUAACUCACUGAGUCAAACAUUUUGAGUCGAGAUUUUCCAUCAUGUUGGAGGGAAUACUCGGCAGAACCUUCGCCGCAAAAUGCAAAUCGUACGUCAAAUUGACCAAGAAUCGGAUUGAAGUGAUAAGGAGAAAGAGAAGAGCGACAGAGAAGUUUCUCAAGAAAGAUAUCGCUGAUCUUCUCCACAGUGGUCUAGAUAUCAAUGCAUAUGGAAGGGCUGAAGGACUCUUGGUUGAGUUGACACUGUCAUCUUGUUAUGGUUUUGUGGAGAAAUCAUGUGAGCUUGUGUUGAAGCAUCUCUCAGUGAUGCAGAAGUUAAGUGGCUGCCCUGAGGAAUGCAGAGUGGCAGUAUCAUCUUUGAUGUUUGCUGCUGCAAGAUUUUCCGAUUUACCAGAGUUACGUGACCUUAGGCAAAUAUUUCAGGAGAGAUAUGGGAGUUCCUUAGAGUGUUUUGUCAAUCCAGAGUUUGCUGCAAAUUUGAAUAUUAAGUCUUCUACAUUGGAAAGGAAAGUCUGCUUGAUGCAGGAAAUUGCAUCAGAGUUCUCAAUAAAUUGGGACUCCAAGGCUUUCGAACUAAGGAUGUCAAGAUCCUCUGCAUUUGCACAGGGCCAGAGUGCUAGUAUGUGUAACAAUUUGUUUGAUAAUCAUAUAUCAUCACUCAGCAAGAAUGGUAACCAGAAAGAUGUAAAGAAUGAUGUUUUGUUGGAGAAUGGCAAGGAAGCUGUUAUCCUAAACAGAGAUGAUCAUGAUCUUCAUUAUAAAUCCACAGUCCCUGAAAAUGGAUUCAAGCCACUAAAUGGUCGUGAAGUCCUUGGGAAAAAGGAUGGCAAUGAUAAUUCAUUAACAGGAAUGUUAGAGGAUACUGCUACAAAGAGUGAUAGAAGCUAUUGGAAGGAUGAUAAUAUGGUAAAACCAAAUGGACAUUCAUUUCAUGAGAAAACUAUGGAACAGUUUGAAGGUGGUUGCAAGCUGCCCAACAGUUGGGGGAGUCCAACCCCACCAAGAAUAAGCCAGGACACUACAACUGCUAGUAGAAUAGGAUCACGUUUCAGGAGUAGUGUGAAGGAGCCAUGUGUUGUUAAUCUUCUUGGCACGCCAGAUACUGAUAAACCUGAGAGAACAGUUCAAAAUGAUGAAAAGCGUAUGCUAAAGCCUUGCUAUAGUAAGGCCAUUCCACCUCCGUAUGUUAAACAUAUAUCUAAGCAUCAGAACAAAUCACAUGGAGUCAAUGUAGUAUCUUCACAUACUGACAGCGACGGCUUCUUUACAUGUCCUUCAGUUCAUGAGAACUCUGAUGCUGCAUCUAUGUCAGAGAGGAUCCGAAUAGGUUUGGAUAAUUCUGACCUGGAUUGGCAGGCCAGUAGACACGAGAAACUGAUGAAACAGAGUCAUAAAAAGGAAUUAUAUUUUUGUGAAGAUGCUAAAGAAAUCCCUAUGGUAAAACCAAAAUCUACAAGGCGAAAGCACUCGAGAUCACGAUCUAGUCACUACGAUUCCCCUAAUGCAGAUACUGAACUUGCGAGAAAAGCAAGGAGCAGAAGUAGGAGACGAGCUGAAUCAAGACGUGGUCUGCAAAAUUUGUUUGAUGAUGAGCAGCAUCAAAAUGCUGCAGAGGAAAAAAUAAUAGAUAAAUUACUGAUUCAUUAUAGUAAAAAACCUUCAAGUAUAGUGCCUGAACGAGUACGAAAUAAGUCAAAAAGUCACCAUGCACAUAAAAUGGAUAAUUCAAAGAGAGAGCAACUGCAGAAUGGAAGUGGAGAUGGGUCUGAUGAGACACCAGAGAUUGUUACUCUUGCCCUACGAUCAGUUUCCCUUCCGCGUGAACAAACUAGAGUAGUAGAAGCUAAGAAAGAAUUUCUUCGUGCUGCUUCAUUUCAGCCAGAUAGAUCGCACGAAGCUCGGCAUGUGCAUCCCAACUUGCCUGACUAUGAUGAUUUAGCAACUAGGCUUGCUGCCUUGAGAGGAAUAUAAGGUAAAUGACAGUAACAAAUUGAAUAAAUACUCCUCCCUCAUAUGCUUGAUUGCAUUCAUUAUGAUGAUCUCACUUCAAUCUAAUAUACACCAGGUGGUUCUUUUGUUGCAAACUGUUUACUUCUUUGGGCCUGUACUAAGUCAUCAUAUUCAUAGGGUGGUCUUAUCUGUGUUGGUUGACAAUCUGACGCUACUAUAGGAUACCCGCGGUAUCAAUUCAUUUUUUUUCUUCGAAUUGUUGUAAAAGUAGCUGUAAGUUGUAACACAAAUUGACGAUAUGCUUACUCUCUUUGAGUUGAGGCUGAAAGGAUAUUGAGAUGGGCGCUAUUGUUUCAGAGCUUUUGCUCAACCCUAAUCCCCUCCUCCCCCCUGUGUACAAUGUUAUUAGUGUAUUAAAAUAUAUUAUUUUAUAGUUGUAUAAUUUGUACAAAUAAUGUCGAAUUAUUGUUUGAUUGGCCUUGUUGAAAAAGAUGGUGUUCAAGUGAUUUCUACA